GCACCACACAAUCACGUUUGCGUGGUUGUAGGAAACCACGGCUUAAAAGAUUUGUAAUGAUUUCAUAGAAAUAGGAGUUUCUUGUAUUAGGUAUUAAGACUUGGGUUUAUCCAAUUAACUAUUUAUAACGCAUGUGAUAACGAUCUUUGGUCGUUAGGGCAUUUCAAAUCAAGGCUUAUUUUUAGCACUUAUAGCUGGAAUACUGAGUAUGAUCUUGUUCGGUUUGCUGUUUACCACUAUUAUGGCUUAUUGACAUAAAAAUAAAGAUAUUUAUUAUUAUCAUUUAGUUCGAUAAUUUUAAUAAUAAUUAUUAUAGAGCAAAUUCGUAGAUUUCAUUCGUUUCUCGUGUAAACAUACCAAUAGGCAGUUCCUUGAUAUAUUAUAUAAUAAUGCAAUAAUUAAAAGUCCUCUGUGUAUGUGAUUAAGUGAUUUAUAACACGUUUAUUAGCGUAUAUAUUAUAUUAUACAUUUUAAUUUAAAUAUGUUCAGUAUAUUUAAAUGUAAAAAAACUAGUAUAGUAAAAAAAUCAGAUGAAAAUAGUGAAGAUGUGGACGAUCCUGAUUGUAUUCCUACAUCAUCGAAGAAUGUAAAAGUCAAUACCACUUUAGAAUUUCCCGUUAUUGACUUGGGUAAAUUGGAGACUGGUCCUAGACAGAAUAAGCUAUCGAUAUAUCCCAGAACACAAUUUGGUCAACAAAAUAGAUCAUUUAGUAGUGAUUACUUUAAGGAAUACCAGUGGUUAGAGUACAGUUUAAAAAAAAAUGCAGCAUUCUGUUUCCCUUGUAGAAUGUUUGGUGGUGGUGAAGAUACUUGGACUAGAAAUGGAUUCAUUAACUGGCAAAAGCUGUGUAGCCGAUUAAAAAAAUACCAUACUUCACUUAGCCAUGUUACAUGUGUUACCAAGUUAUCUUCUUUUCAUUCAAGGAAACAAGGUGUUGCCUUUAGAGGCCAUAAUGAGAAUGAUGAUCGAAGAAUGAUGAAUGAGAAUCAAUCAAUCAAGGAGUUAUUAAGAAGAAAAGCUCUCAGUAUGUGUACGAUAUGCUGUGGAAUUCAAAGUUUUCGAAAGAUUUGGGUUUUAUUGAUAUUUCCAAAGGCCGAAAUUCCACACAAAUUUAUUCGGCUAUACUGAAUUUCUUUGAAGAACAAAAUAUAAAUGUGGAAAUCAUUCAUAUAGUUGUUCAAUCUUACGAUGGGGCAAGUGUUAUGU